AUGGGGAGCGUGACUGCUGUGGCGGUGGUCGAAUGUUCCCGAAUUGGUGCUUUUGUUGAUACCACUUGGAGCGCCGAGCAGCGAGGGGCCGCACACGCCCAGGAGGUGGGAGUGUGUGCUGCAACCGCACCCGCGAUUUGUAUUUGGGAUGUGACAAGUUUCUUUGUUAUUUUUAUUUUUGGUGAUAUGCGGGGCAGCGGUGUGUUGGCGUGUGCGUACUGCUCAUGGCUGCCGGUGUUGCCUUUCCUGCUUUUCUCCCGCUCAGCUCCUUUGCGUGCGACGGACCAAACGUUUUUACGGGCGUUUGGUGGGGCCGCGUUCUUGUUUGGAAAAAAGCCUUCUGCAGGCAUAACGACACUGCCUUCCGUGCCACACGAUGCAGUGGGGAGUUUCCUGGGAUUUAUUGGCGGGGUGGCACCGCACUUAUGCCGUGUGGUAGGUUUGUAUUCCGCAAUGCACGGUGAGGGGGAUGUGCGGUGA